GGCCUAUGUGGGGCGUCUUCGCGCUUGCAACCUUGGAUAUGGACACGUUAACAAAAUUACGUCAUAAAAUGUAAAUUUAAACAUAAUAAAAAAAAAGUUUGGUGAUUUUGUUUUUGUGGUGGUGACACGUUACCUGGAUACCGUGACAAUGGCGAGAGUGCUUGCAUUGCUGGCCCUCUCGGCGCACCUAUUAGUAUUAACAUGCCAAGAAGAUACUGAUGUCUUGGAAGAGGAAGUGAAAGAGCAUGAUACCAAUCAAGGAAAUCCUAGUUAUUCCUUCAGCUACGGAGUCUCCGAUACGAAGACGGGUGACGUCAAAUCGGUGUGGGAGUCCAAGGAAGGUGACACUGUAAAAGGUCAUUACAGUGUUGUUGAACCCGAUGGUUCCAUGAGAUCUGUGGAGUACUCAGCCGGCCCUAAUACCGGAUUCACGGCCGUUGUGAAAAAUGAUGGAGAGCCGGUUGAGAAAAAGGGUCGUAGCUUAUUUGAAGAAAAAUCUCAACGAGAUUUUGGGAAGUUUUACGACUUUUCUGAAGAUUCAGAUGAAGAAAGAGAUUCUUACCUGCCAACUGAUAGGAAAAGAGCAAAACACCCAUUAGAAACUUUAUUUAAAGAUUAUUCCCUAAAGAAACGGCCAAAGUACCCAAAAGAUUUAGAAGCCAGUGACUUCACUCAUAGCAUUACAAUAAAACAUCCACUUGACGAAGCAGGAAACGAGCCACAUAGUCACCAGGGUAUUAAUUAUGACCCAAAUUGCAAAAAACAUAACAAAGAAACGAGUAAUUUAUAUGGUAAUUUAGUUGAGUUUGAUUUAACCAAAAGGUAUCCAGGUAACAAACUUUUCCAACCAGCAUUCGAUGACGAUUCGCAGAAUUCCCCGUCCAACUAUGAUGCAGAAAAACUUACCAGUCCAUUUGGGUACAAUGGGUACAAGUUCCCAACAUUAUCAGAAGCAGAUUUGAGGAUAUUGGCGAAUAAAUACAAGGGGCGUCCGAGUUAUGAAAAUGAACACUUCCCUAUACCUGAGUUGCCGAUACCGGACAAAUAUUAUCCGGACGAUAUUCCUCCGCGACCGAAGAAGAAAAACAGACCACCGAAAAUUCCAGAUUAUAGUUAUCCUAGCGAUGAUAUUAACGAUUACAUACUAGUGCCGAAAAAGAAGUUUAAGAAUCCGCCAAAUCCUGAUGAUUACAGACACGAAGAGGAUGAUUACGAGCGUCCGCAAUACUCCAACGAUGACGACGACGAUGACGACCGACACCGCCAGCCGAACAAGGGCGAGAAAAAAAUCGUCCGUAAAAUAAUUAAGAAGAGAAAGCCGGUCAUCAACUUAUUAGAUAUUCUUGAUAUUUAAUUUUAUAUUACUAAUUACAAACUAGGUAAUAAAGCUUGGGGUAAUUUCUAAGAUAACAGAUAUGAACAGACUGAAAUGCAAUUAAAACAACGAAAGAUCUGAUAUCUUUUUAGUUCUUUUUUGCAAGCUGUGACGUUAGAUUAGAAAUUAAACGAUUUAAGUAAGAAAUUGUAUAUACACUAGACACUAUAUUUAUAAAUUCUUUAAAAUCGUUAAAAUAUUAAAAGUAACAUAUUGUUAAAUUCACGAAGUAGACUGAUUUUGUGGUUUAUUAAAUAAUUGAAUCAGUAUCUGUAUAAUUUUAUAAUUGCAUUUGGACGAAAUACAACAUACCAAAGUAUUAAACCUAAGUAUUUAACGUAACUUAUUUAUUGUGAUGUCACAUAACUCCGAAAGUCUAUAAUUAUAUAGUUUGUGUGAAGAAGGCACGAUACGAAACAUACGAUGCUAUUUUGUUAUUCAUAAGUAGGAUGUAAAAACACUAAUUUUGAUGUAAAUAGCAUAA